AUGCCAACGGCUGACUGUCGGGCCCGAGAGCGACGUGAGGACGGGAAGCAUGCCGGCUCCUCGCAGUACACCCACCUUCCUCCGCAGGCGCAACGAACCGGAGCGCAGCAGGGGGCCGGCGGCGCCAACACUCCGUUCGGGGUGCACCCUCUGUACGUGAUGCGGGCGCUCUCGUUGUGGCCUCCGUACGCCGCCGCGGGGAAUCCCGGCCAGGUCGCCGCUCUCUCGGGACAGUUUGCCGCCGCCGCUGCCACCGCUGCCGCUGCUGCUGCUGCUGUGGGAGCCGCCCCGAAGGCUCCGGUAACCUUUUCUUCGGUGGCUGCUGGGAACCGGAAGCCCGACAAUCCGGCGUUUGGAGGUUUUGCUGGGGUGUUGGGUCAACCCGCAGCGGAGAAUACCGCAAGGUUGCCCGCGGCGGCGGCGGCUGCUGCUGCUGGACGAGGGCAAGCUGAGCGUGCCGCCACCGCCGCCGCCGCGCGACCCCGCGGGCAGCAAGCGCGAAAACGACGAAUGCUUGGCUCGUCGCACCCGGACGGCCAGUGGGCAAGUGGUGCAUAUCAGGCGGAGGCCGUGCCUCCUGGCGACGAAGACGAAGACGAGGCGAGACAUCGAGGCUCAUCGGUCGCCAGCGGCUCUUCGGCAAAUCGCGUCGGCAGCUUGCCGGCACGCGGAGGGACCGCCACGGGCGCAGCACCUGGGGUACCAGACCGGGCCGCGUAUGCGGAAGACGAGCUAAGCGACGAUCCAGAUGGGAGCAAUAGUAGCGAUGUCGAAGUGGCAAACCAAGGGGCAGCGGCCUCGGGAUGUGUGCAAGCCGCCAACGAUAGACACGAGGAGGAGAGCGGUGCGGCCGCUGGUAGCGUUGCUUCGCGAAUCACACGCGAAGCUGCCCGAUACGAGGAAGAUGAGCUGAGCGACGAUGACGAGGAUGAGUCCGACUCGCUCUGAUGGUCUUGAGAGGGCGGAACGAAGGCACUUAAGUUACUACAUGUGACAGCUGUGGGUUACAUCUUUUCGGCAACCAUGUUUUGUUUGCCCAAGUUUAGCUGCAGUGGCCCAUUCGCUCUGAAGAACUUGAUGGUGGGACAGAGAGGGAGGGAAACAUGCAGUCAGAUGCCAGAUGUACCUGGCAGCAGGUGUGUAUAUGUAUCUUGAAGUCAACCAUGUGUUCAUUUGCCAAGUGUAGCUGCGAUGGGUUUCUUUGGAGACAAGCAACUCUACCAGGGUUCUUGAGUAUUGUUCUCCUGCUGGCGCAUGGCUUACACUGCAGGGCUCAGCGUACGCCCACUGCAGGAGCGCGGAUGUCGCAUCCCUGGACUGCUUAGAAACAACGCCGUGCGUUUCGCUAGCACCAACAUUUCAGAGUUUAUCCUGGUGGACCGUUAGGAUCGGUUCCGAGACCUUUGCUCACCAUAUCGUGUACGAUACCCCCAUGUAUUUUCUGUAGCUACGGGUAAUUCCAAUACCGCGAACCAGCUUCUGCUUUGAGGGACUCAAUUUACGCGAGUUUUGUAGAUAAAAGAGUGUGUUUUCGUUCUACCUUUCGCUGCUUCUGCGUGAUCGACCAGACACAGAGAGGCAGGAAAGGAACGGCAUCAUAACGUUACUGAAUCUUCUUGACUUUUGGAAAAAAUGGCACCUUGCACUAGAGUUAAGCAACAAGGUGGUCACGGAAAUGAACCCAACUACAAGCUGGUCGAAAAUCGGUGCUAAAGAGGUCGGUCGGAGUACCAACGCUCCAACUGCUUGAAGGUAGAGUAGCAGCUCAAAGUCCUGUGAAACAGAUCGGACCAAGCAACACCGAGAUGGCACCGUCUUGCACACGGCGAGAAAAAAGAGUAGAUGGAUCCCGGCAAGGACGGGGUGGACCCCCCUGAUUGUUGUCCGUUUCAUUCUACUCCUAAUUUACUCGUAUCAUAGUUUUUGGUCAAACUCGACGUUCGACUUUCUUUUGUCGUGUUGUCGUGGGAAAAGACAGAGAGACACAGAGACAGAGACAGCGAGAGAGAGAACAAGUGCUGCUGCCAGGGUUGUGUAAGUGUACCACGCUCUGCGUUGACGGAACGGGACAGAGUCUUACGGAGUACCGGUCCGUUUGCGCACCAGGACGGGAUAAUGCACCCGUAACUGGCUUGAGGGGAGGCAGACCGUACAGCCGGCUACUUAGCCACUAACACCUAGGUCAACGUGGAAAGCCAGACGCCACGAAGUUUCCACAGCACUUCGUUGUGUAUUGGACCUGGUGCAGCAAAUUGUCGAUUUCAGGCUUUCAGGGGUUGGGGAAGGAAAGGUUUUGUAGCUCAAUCCCAAACCAGCACACCGGGUGUGUAUCAAUCGGCGUCGAGCUAAACCUGUAAGGCGAUGGGCGCAGCCAUGCCGCCGCCGCGCGCUUGAAACGGGUAUACCUCUUGCUCUGCUUUGAAUUGCCAAGACGCUUGGCAAUGGAGGGGGGCACCAAAGAAGACGGGUGGGGGGAGGCAACGAAGAGGGCGAUCUCAACUCUAGACACAGAGUAGUAAGCCGAAAUUUUCGCCGCUUCUCAUCCAUUUCGGAGGAUAUUUCGGAGGGACAGCUCGUCAUCACAAGAGAAUAAUACCAGCAUGGAUAGUGCUCACCGUGAAGGAAUGAAGCAACAGCAGAACUGAAAACCGCACCAACCCCAACCAACCAUCACGCUAGUCCUAUCAAACAAACCCUUCUUCAAGCGGACACAACACAAGCCUGAAACAAAGGGAAGUACCACAAAGGGUGGAGAGAUGGUACCCCCCCUCCAGACCGACUGUCAAAGCUCGAUUGCUCCACAACCAAGACUGUCUGUCUGUAUCGUACCGUAUACCGUACCGUGGUAUUCCGUAAGAUGGCACUACCUCCCAGAUAGACCGACUGUCAAAGCUCGAUUGCUCCACAACCAAGAUUGUCUGUCUGUAUCGUACCGUAUACCGUACCGUGGUAUUCCGUAAGAUGGCACUACCUCCCAGAUAGACCGACUGUCAAAGCUCGAUUGCUCCACAACCAAGAUUGUCUGUCUGUAUCGUACCGUAUACCGUACCGUGGUAUUCCGUAAGAUGGCACCACCUCCCAGAUAGACCGACUGUCAAAGCUCGACUGUCCCACAACCAAAUGGGUGCGGAAAGAACCCGACGCGUCCACGGAAAGCCCUCAACGAGAAUUUCCCGAACCACCGAUUUUCGUGUUGGCACAAUCGCUCGGUUGCGGAGUGAUCGAGUUUUUUAUAAUCGGUCUAGGGGGGGUGCCAUCUCUCCGCCUCGUACGCUAGCAAGCGACGGCAACGCAUGCCCCCCCCCGGUUGGCACGAGACUGUCUCACAAAGGCCCACAACAGCUUGUGUGGAGUGGGACGAAAGACUUGCGUUCACCGCGACAAGGUUCCACCCACAAAUCUCCUGCUACUGUUUGAGUCUCGAGACAUGCUUCGGUUACGCCGUGGCGUCUAAGUCGCCUAUUUUAGGGUUCAAACUAGCACAGCAUCAGACAGCCUUACAUGCAUGCAUCCAUCUUGCGACGUGCCGCAAGAAGAUGUGUUGAGAUCAUUAAAGCUGGAAGAGUCUGUGGCACCAGCAGAACACUUAUAGAGUACCGAGGCAAGUAGGCUAUACAGUAUCAUCCACUCGCAAAAACCUCUCGCUGCUAUUAUAAAUCAACGAUCUGACUAUGACACUUUGCACUACGCGGUGUGCUAUGCCUAGCAAACUUCUCCUACAGGGACCAUGUCGCCGUCUCUACAAAUGGUCGGGCCGGAACACGUAGAGAGUACAGGGGCAGAGGAGUAAAAUACAAAACUCUCUGGCUGCCAGAUGAACGACCUACAAUGACACCCUGCGCCCCACCGUGUGCUAGCAAACCUUUCCCACAGACACCGCAUCGAAGUCUCUGCACAUUCCAAAACUUCCGCGCGCAUGUUUAGCAAGAAAAGCAAUUCAUACAUCAUAUGCAGGAUGGGCGCUUAGACAAUAAGCACACGGCCGUCCAUCGAUAGGCUCGGUCUUUGCCAAAGCAGCAGUGCGGGCCCGCGGACACCAAACAGCAUGCACGUCGAUGUUCGCCCUUGCGUUUCUGAAAACAGAAGAGUAUUGGGGUGUUUUUAACCCCGAUGGGUGAGGGGUGCGAAUUUUCCGAGAAUUUUCGCUGGCCUUCGGGGAAACACCCAAGAGGGCACUUGCUGGAGCCGGAGGCUUCGUGCUGGGGGUUCUCCCCUACGUGCACUGGUGUGCUUUAUAAGCCACCCAAUGCAGCUAUAUAGCGCCCGCACUUACGAAGUUCGCAGUCAAGAAAGAAACUCCACGCUCUCAACAUUUCAUCAACCUGAGCACCGUUUGGUGCGCCCGGUCAAGAACCACUACGCUACAACAUGGUAGAUAUCUAGCGGCCAUUUGUAGCCAGCCCUCAAGAGGAAACGAAUAAAGAACCGAUUUACCACUGAUGACGGUUCUUACUGUUUAUACAAUCUGAGCACCAUUUGGUGAGAGCCUGAUGCUCAAGAUCCCGGGGAAGAACUUCACGACAACCUGUCAUAGCAACCUCUUGAAUAGCCCGCAGGAGGAACAAAUAAGACCCCCGGCCUCGGUUCAACGCAAACGGUUCUUGCGUGCGGGCGCAACUUAACUAUAGAUAAUACCGUUGAACUUUGCUGUAGAUGUUUACUUCUGCUGGUGGUCGUUCUCUUCCGUCGUUUCUGCCAGGAAAAAGUCUUACCUACAGGUCGCCGAGAGACCAUUCGCCCUCGCCGCCGCGUUCGGGUCUGCGAUUUCUUAAUCGCC